CGAAGUUAUAUGAACCGUGAUUUUUUUUGCUCUAGUCGCCGGAUUCCGGGUAACAUAUGGCGUGAACGCGAGCACAGCUGGAGGUAGCGUUUGCACGGCGCUGAUGUCAGAGCAGCUGACUCCACAGCUUGCGGGAUAAUUAGCGAACAGGGCCACCAGUUCACCCACUCGCUUGUUUUUGCUCGGACGUGAAGCGCGAGCUCUUGCUUUCUCGCCGCUGUUUUUUUUUCUUCUCGCGAGCUUCGGAGCCCGAGACAGCGCUGUUCGGGUUUCGGCGCGUGUUGAGUUUAAACCCGGUUUGUUUUGUUCCUUAGCGACUCCGGGAGCUGCGCGCGAGCGACUUCUCUAAGCGCCAUCAACAAGGUUAUGAGAGAAGCAUGGAGUUCCCAGACCAUAGCCGUCACUUGCUGCAGUGCCUUAGUCAGCAGCGUCACCAGGGCUUCCUGUGCGACUGCACGGUGCUGGUUGGCGCAGCACGGUUCCGUGCGCACCGGGCCGUGUUGGCCUCAUGCAGCAUGUACUUCCACCUUUUCUACCGGGACCAGCUGGACACCCAUGAUGUGGUGCGACUGAACAGUGACAUUGUGACAGCACCAGCGUUCAGCCUGCUCCUCGAGUUCAUGUACGAGGGUAAGCUCGAGUUCAGUACGCUGCCAGUGGAGGACGUGCUGGCCGCCGCCAGUUAUCUGCAUAUGUAUGACAUUGUCAAAGUGUGCAAGGGAAGACUGAAAGAAAAGGAACUGUCCUGCCUGGAUGAGAAACUUGUUGACAGUGUGAGUCUGAGCUGCCUGGACAGAGAGAGCUUGCAUGACAGGGAGAUAGAGCCCUGCAAAAUCCCCCUGAGAGGCCAAAUGGCAGAUGACAUGGACAUAGAUGACAUCACAGAUUGCGAUAGGCCAGCAAUGGCAAGGCAGAAGGCUAACGGUCACCUUAGUGGGUCUCCGGACCUUGUAGGUGUCAAUUAUGUGUCAGCCGAGGCCGAGGCCCAUGUGCGAACAGCUGGAAAAACGAAUGUGGACGUCAGCGGUGCGUCCCAAAGGUCCCGGGCGCUCCAUGACACGGACAGUGCGCUGGACUUGUCUUUGAAGGCUCUGUCGGGCAGAGAUGUGGGACAGCUGGCCCACGACAGGCAGCAGCAGGGCAUAGAGAUGCACGCGCGAGACGAACACGGCACACUGUCAGUGAAGGAAGAGGGUGGGGGUGCCAGCUUUGGGAAUAGUGUGCCCAUGACAGGGUUCGAUGCCCUCUUUAGGGGCAGAAAUGGCACUCUGCUGCCCCCGGAGGAGCACCUUAUGAUGGAGGAUGAUGAGGAGGAGGUGGUGGGGUUGGACGCUGAUGAAGAAGAGGAGGGGGUGGGAGGAAGGGUGGGAGUUUUAGUGGCACAAAGGGCACGUAGUCACAGCCGAGAGGGGAGCGAGGAGGCUCGAGGAAGAAGUGAAGCACACAGUGAAGAGGAAGAGGACGACGACGAGCUGGUCUCCACGGACCUCGCUGCACUUCUGCCACCAACAGGCACUGUUCCAGUCUGUGUGUGCCCACUAUGCAGCAAGGCAUUCCCAACGCCUCACGCUCUGCAGCCGCACCUGAGCUCACACUUUCGCGAGCGGGAGGGCGCCCGCACCAAGCUCUCGCCCGACGCUUCGGUGCCUACCUGUGCUCAGUGUGGCAAGACCUUCUCAUGUGCAUACACGUUAAAGCGGCACGAGCGCACACACUCGGGUGAGAAGCCCUACACUUGUGGCACAUGUGGCAAGAGCUUCCAGUACUCUCACAACUUGAGUAGGCAUGCCGUGGUGCACACACGUGAGAAACCUCAUGCCUGCAAGUGGUGCGAGCGCCGCUUCACACAGUCAGGAGACCUGUACCGUCAUAUACGCAAGUUCCACUGCGCCCUCGUCAAGACCCUCUCUGUCGGAUAAGCACACUCCUUUUCUACUCUCAAAGGCUGUUUUUGACAUAUAUAUGAAGUAUUUAAGCAUAGAGGGGAGUCCUUCUCUAAACCCUAAGACACAGUGGUUGCACUCGGCCGGCUGUAGAUACGUUAAAUUUGGAUCCAGUAUUUUGCUGUAUUUUUAAUGCAGAGUUUAGGACUCAAGGUCCUAUUGGAGUCCUUCCACCCAGUGGAGAAGUGUGAAGUGAAGCUUUCUGAUGCACUUGGUCUGUCACUGGCAGCGUCUUCUGAAGUUCAAUGAUAAAUAUGAGUAUUUUUUAUCAUGUCGACAGUAGUAUACAUUGUGAAGUAAUCGAAUCUCACUGAAUGGAUGCAACGUUGUAUUGACGUGAGCAAUUGAAAUUUUUAAGUUAUAUCUGCAAAUUAAUUUAAUCAUAGAUUCAUAACUGACCGAUUUUUGAUCAAAAGAGAAGUUGGAAGUGAUUAUUUGGCUGUGACUAAUUUAUCACUUCUGGGGAAACAGGGUCAUGUGUUUCCUCUUGAAUUGGAAACUGUUUGUGAAGUAAUACAAGCAAUGCACAAGUCAUUUGAAAAGACAUGUACUAACUUUAUUAUUACUGUAAUACUGCAGGUUUUCUGCAAAAGAACUAAAAUGAAAUCAAAAAAAAAUUUUUUGAGAGGCUGAAUGAGGUGACAAAGGACCUCUGGAUGUGAUUGAACUAAAAUAACCCCUUUUAUUAAUUAGCUAGCAUUUUUUUGGUGGGUCUUUUAUUAAUCCUAUUGAACUGGGCAACACUAACAAUUUGACAAAUAUUCUGGUGGAACAUGAAUGUCGGAGCCUUUAUUUCGUUUUUUUUUUUUUUUUUUUCAAAUGAACUUUAUCCUUUCUUCCUACCUAACAUUUUUGUUAGUUGUUUUGCUUAACACUCACAGGUUAAGUUCUAUAUAUAUAUUUUUAGUUUUAAUGACAAGAGGCACUAAAAGGCCACAUAAUACUGUUUCAUUUUUUUCCUGAGAAACUUGAUUAGAAUUCUUUAUUAGUUCUGUUGGUUCAGGGUUUACUGUAAACAUCUGAAGUAUAGACAGUUGUUAGGUCCUAGUACGUCCUAUGGGUACUGUUUCGGCUACACUGAAUGGAUUGAUUGUAAAAUCAGUUGCUGUAUAUCGGUUUAUCAUUUCACUGUAACUUGCGUAGAUAAGCCAUCUGUAAUCGCUGUUUGUCGACUGUACAUACAACACUGAUAUUCUGUAGGCUGCUAUUUCUAACUGUAUAUUUAUUGUAAAUAUGCAUUUUAUUUAUCUUUUUGUUUUUUGUUUUUUUUUGUUUUGUUUCUUGACAACAAUCUGAAAUCUCUCAACUCUUAGGACUUUCGAAGUCGAAGUCUUCCCUCGGUUUGUUGGUAUGUUUUAAAGCCUGUGAUGCUGUAACUUUUUAACAGAUGUAGCAGAUUCAGAAGCACAACAUCACCAAGUCCUAGAAUUGAAACAAAAAAAGAUCCCAGGUAUUUAUUUAGGGAGUGAAACAUCACAUUCUGCUCUGAAACUACUGGAACUUUUACAACCGAUGGUGUUUGUAAGAGUGUUUGUUUCUGUCAGCGCAGCUACUCGGUGUAAUAUCUCCUGCAAAACACAACAGAAACAUUAGAGUCGGUAAGGAUGUGAGCACAGACGUGUGAGGCUCACUGACCGGACUCCACCCUCAAAGCAUUUCUUCAUUGCACAUUUGUCGGGCAGCUGUUUUUGAAUUUGUUUAAGUUUUUAUAAGCUCUGUGCAUGUUAAAAAGGCUCUUCCGUGAAAUUCUCUGUGAAACACUGGAAAUCAGUGGACUGAACACAACAAACAAAUCUUAAUACAGUACAUUUUCCAUCAAUGGUGCGAUUAUAUUAUUAAUUAGAGCUGGACAGUAGAGCUAGUCUUUUUUUUUCCCCAGACAGUCUAUCUGAUGCAGCUAAUACAGACGAAAUGGAAGGGGGUUUUGGUAAGAAUCUGACUCCACUGAGAUUCAUACGUUGAAGUAAUAUGCAUCGACUUGAUCUACACAGUAUGUGCCUUGUCGAGACACAUUAAUCCAACAGCAAGUUCAUCAUCGGGCAUUAUUGUCAGCCUGUAAUUAUUCAUUCUGCACAAGUUGUUACUGAAAGCAAAAAAAAACAACAACAUAAUAAUAAUUUUAUGAUAUAUCACAAAAUGUUAAAAGAACAGAAUACAAUAUUAUAAUAUUAGGCCGUGUAUAGCGUAUAGGAAACAGGUGCAUCAUACUUGAAGUGACUUCCUGUUUGCAUGCAGUCAUGUGAUCAGCAGCGAGACAAUAUUUAACUAUCACAUAUGACCAGCAGGAGCCUAAUCACGGUUAAUGCAAGCAACAGUAAUAACUCCUUUAAAGAUGUGCUUCGAUUUGAAAAAUCGAGCCAUUACCUAAGGCACAGAUAUGCGUUUCUUUAGCAAAAGUGUGUAUGUAAGCAUUAAUACUGGAAUAUCGUCUUCUAAGGUUCAGACUGUGAAACUGUAUAAUCACAAGAGUUAUUUAUUGAUUUCUUUCUCGUGCAAAUAUUUUACUGAGUUUGACUUAAGUAAUGAAAGAUGCUACUAAACUGAGAACAUUUUUAAUAGACUUUGUAGAAGUGCCAUUAGAUUUAAUAUAAUUUUUUUUUAUAAGAAACAUAUAUUUUAUAGGAAACAGAUGCUUUGAUGUUAGUGCUCUAGUGAAUGUAGGUGACAAUCUGUUUGAUUUUAAUGAUUAUUAUUAUUAUUAUUAUUAUUAUUUUUGACAGAUUAACUCUGUUAUGUUACAAGUUGGAAUUUGUUUGUGGUUUUCAUUUGCCGCUUUUGACGUGUACCCGUGUGUGUGCUGUGGAAAAAGUGACAAUCUUGAGCUAGGACUUUAUUUCGAUUCUGUAUAGAUUAAAUAGAGAAUUUUAUGUCAUAACUACGUGUAUUUGUGUGUAUGUGCGUGUGUUUAAGUUAUUUCUCUUGUUACUAUUGCACUUUAAUGUACUGUUAAAAAAAAUAUUAACCUAAUCUAUUUUCUAGAUGUAGAUCAACAGUACAUUUUCAUAUGAAUUACGUUUUGGUUGUUUUUUUUUCGUUUUUUUUUUUUUUAAACGUGUUUUAUCUCACUGAGAAAGCCCAAAGUCUCUUUUCAAGGACUUAUUGUCAAUGAGGAUCUCUCCAGGUUUCUGUUUAUAAAUAACAUCAGCUGUUUGAGGGUUGAAGUGCUACUGUAUACAGGCAACACAUUGAGCACUAAUCUUUUUCUCCCCCACCAACAAACAUAAUUUUUUUUUGCAUGGCUGUGGAGGAGAAACAGAAGUAAUCGCUGGUAAGGUUUGAGUAGAUCGUGAGAUCUGUUUACAAAUUUUAAAAGCGAUGACAUUACAGUACAUGCCAUGUGACACUACAACCACGGUCCAGCUGUCUAAGUACAAACGUUCAAAAAUCGAACCAUAGUCAUCAUUUUUUAUACACUGACACUUGGUUAACUAUAUGAAACAGAGCCUAUACCUAUACAUAUCAAUAAUAUUAUAACUCGGAUAAAAAACACAACUUUAAUGCAUAUCUGUAAGGAAAAAUAUCUGAAAAUUACUUUACGUCUGUCAACAUCUGUUUGCUGUACAGUAUAGCUGCUAAAAGGUUGUUGUCGUCCUUCUUUCUUUCUCGUCUUUUACUUGUCUAGAUGUUGUCAUACAGUAGGCAGGGACACAAUUGCCCAGAUUUAAACAGUUCAUACUUACUGGCUUGGAAAAUCGUUGUUAUCCUUAAGUACUUCACCCCAACCAUGUAGAAAUAAAGCUUGUGUUGAUUUGCUUUGUUAGUUCUUUAAAAAAAAAAAUACAGGACACAUCAGUCGAUAUAAGUCGGUGUGUCAUUGAGCUCAUAUUCACCGCUAUAGUAUGACAAUUCGGAUUUGCUCAUUACAUACUAGAAACUCUUAUUAGUUCCGAUAUUUUGAACUUGAACCGUCAAGGCAGCUGGAUUUAUGACUUACUCCAUUUUGGAACGAUUUUUCUGCAUGUGGAUCUUUUUAGUUUUUCUUUGAAGGAGUGAAAAGGAUUUCACCUUCAAGCUCUUGCUAUCGUUAUGCGCUACGCCAUAAACCGACACCUCUUACUAAGCAUAAUGAGUAAUUUCUCAGUAAAAAUAACGUCCUGGAUCAUUUGCAUUCUAACAAACAAACAGACAGGGGGACCGAGGGAGAUGAAAAUGCGUAUCUAAUUUGAAAACUGAGUGGUCAUUUUUCAGUAAGCAGGCUCUUAAUUAUUCUUUGGCUGCACAUCUAAAGAAAUCCGGUGGCAUGGACAUGCGAUUCCCACAGCCCUGCAUUCGCCCCCGCCUUCAUUAAAGCCCAUGCGAACUUUCCAAACACACACAAACAUCCCCCUCAGCAUCCCAGGACUUAUCCCACUAACCCCUAUGUCUUCAGAUAGUAGUAGUUAUAGCCUCCUUAUUAUCGUCUGUGGUUCAUACGUUCUCACUAGAAACCAGUGUGAUGUGACCAACCCAAAGCAGCACCUGACUAUGUAGCGGUUUGCCACUAGACUGUAAAUAAGGGUGUUGGAGCACUGGGAAGGUCUUCUACACCUCAAAGAUGACCCAAAAGGUUGCUUAAACAGGUCUAAUGUACAGUAAUUGUAGCUAAUCUAAAGGCCCAUAUCAACUUUAAACAGAAUUAAAGACGACCAUCGCUUACUACCGUUUUAUCUUCUUUUGUCUUUAGCUAUUCUGACCUGGUUUUGUCCUCAAUUAUCAUGUCAUCAUUUUGACCUAAAGAGUUUUCAAGGAACCCUUUGUCUCAGAAACGUGAGGUUGUGAAUUCUUUUCUUUUUUCUUUUGUGAUUUUGUUACAGUGAUAAUCGACUCUUCGCCAUCAACGUUAGUGGAAGCGUCAAACAGUAUUGAUGUACUUUGAUAUUAAGAAUAGAAUAAAAUGAAACGAUUUUAGUAAAGGAACAAGUUACUAACGGAUUUUUCCAUAGAUGUUAUUUGUAAGUGUUAUUACUUAACUUUUGUAAUAUCAUUAGGAUCUGAUUAAAGUUUGAAUAAAGUCUGCUGUUUCUAUA